CAAACAAACAAAAAUUAAAAGGAAAGAGAAGAAAAGGAAAAGAAAAAAAAAGCAGGACCAUACUGCUAUGUUAUAAAUUAAAAGAAAACUUUUAGAGGUGUAUGUCCAUAAAUUCAACUUUCUGUAUAACAUCAGUGUUUCAAAAAUCUAAGCACAUCCAAAUUUACACAUUGAACAUGUGAAGUUCUUUUUAGUGUGCCAUGUCCCUAUGUAGGCCAGGCUGUGCUCACCCACUGGAGUGAUCAGGUCAGAUUGAGGAUGCAUACAACAUGGCUUCAGAGUCUCCCAAGGAAACCUCACACCAUCCUGCAUUUUGAUAAUUACGAUUUUCGAGAUUCUAGAUAUGUGUAUAAAAUGGGUGUAAAGGUGAGAAAAUGAUUCUUAAGUUUUAAUUUUUGGAGACUUUCAUACUUAAAGACUAAAUUUAAAUCUUUUCCACUCCUUCAUUUCCCUCAUCCAAUACCUUCUGUGUCCCCCACUGUUUCACAAAUUUAUGCUUCUUCUUUUUCUAACUGCAUAUGUAUAAUCUUAUUUAUUAUCUCUGUGUACUAAAUGCAGCAAUCCACACUCAUCUCCAAAGCAAUUGCAGACGAUAUAGCUAAUAAAGACAUAGGAAGCAUCCCAGUGUGACAUAGUCACUGAGUCACAGUGUGGAGCUCUCAUCCCCCAAACAACCCUUGGGGUCUCAAUUGCCCAGUGUCUCCUCAUCUCACCUCUAAACAUUAUCCAAUGACCAACUUCUUGUGUGUAUAUAGUUUUCUUGUGGAAAAUAACACUAGAGAUAGUGCUGUUUUAUGGACUCAAAUUUUCCAAGCAGAUAUGGCCCCAGCUUUCAGGGGAGACAGGAAGGAUGCGCAAUAGUGCUUAGGAACAGAGUACUCAAAAAUCGUUCUCCAACAGGUUCUGUGUUCCCAUAGGCAAAACAAAGAAAUGCAAAGGAGACUUGAUGUUUUCUAAAUCUCAGAGAGGAGACAUGUAGAUUUCAUGGAUGUCCCAGGAGAAAACCAGUCCCCAGAGGCCAUGGAAUGAGAACCACAUGCUACUUUAACACAGAUGGUCCAAACCGUGAAAGGAGUCCAAGGUAAAAAUGAGACAGAAGUGACAGAAUUUAUCCUUCUGGGGCUCUCAGACAAUCCAGACCUGCAGAACAUCCUCUUUGCAUUGUUUCUGGUGAUCUACAUGAUAACCCUGGUGGGUAAUUUGGGCAUGAUGGCACUAAUUAAGGUGGACCGCUCUCUGCACACACCUAUGUACUUCUUUCUCAGCAGCCUUUCCUUUGUCGAUGCCUCUUAUUCUUCUUCUGUCACUCCUAAGAUGCUGGUAAACCUCCUGGCUGAGGAUAAGAGCAUUUCUUUCAAUGGCUGCGCUGCCCAGUUCUUCUUCUUUGGCUCCUUCUUGGGUACUGAGUGUUUCCUGCUAGCCAUGAUGGCAUACGACCGCCAUGCAGCCAUUUGGAAUCCCCUGCUGUACCCAGUUCUCAUGUCUGGGAGAAUUUGUUUCAUGUUGGUGACUACUUCAUUCCUAGCAGGCUUUGGCAAUGCAGCCAUCCACACAGGGAUGACUUUCAGAUUGUCCUUUUGUGGCUCUAAUAAAAUCAACCAUUUCUACUGUGACACCCCGCCCCUGCUCAAACUCUCUUGCUCUGACACUCACAUUAAUGGCAUCGUGAUCAUGGCUUUUUCCAGUUUCAAUGUCAUCAGCUGUGUUCUGAUUGUUCUUAUUUCUUACCUAUGCAUCCUCAUUGCCAUACUGAAGAUGCCCUCUGCAGAAGGAAGACACAAAGCGUUCUCUACCUGUGCCUCCCACCUCAUGGCUGUCACUAUCUUCUUUGGAACAAUCCUGUUCAUGUACUUGCGCCCUACCUCUAGCUACUCGAUGGAGCAAGACAAAGUUGUCUCUGUGUUUUAUACAGUAGUGAUUCCCAUGCUAAACCCUCUUAUCUACAGUUUGAAAAAUAAAGAUGUGAAAGAGGCAGUGAAGAAGAUUGUACAGAAACGUGUGCUUUGAGACCAGACCACGUGUUUUCACCUUAUGUCAAUUGUAUUGUAUUUUCAAUGUUUCUUUUAAUAGUAUAAUUGCUUAAAACCUUUAUAAGCACAUAGAUGAUUUGAUAUAACACUCAAUCUUCAUUUCCUAGUGUAUUAUAUUAUCUACAUGUACUCUUAUCAUGAAUCAAACCAAUACUUGAUGGAGAUAUGGCACCAAAAUAUAAAAAUCGUUUGACAUGGGCUCAACUUAAAAUGUAUAUGUUUAGAUAAUUGCAAUUUCACAGUUUGCUUCACUAUGUAUGUGUGUAUAUACAUACUUAUGUUUGCAAUUCUCUGUGUGUAUAUGGAUACCUUCCUUUCUUACCAAUGAUCUAUUUUAGUGUCUUUGAUUGAGUUUUAAACAAAGAGCUAUUAUUUUCAGCAUGGCUAUUGGUAUGUAUUUUCAGGAAGAAAGCAGGAUGGGGGUGAGUUGAAACAUGACAAACUGCAUAAAGACCUCAGUGGAUCCUACAUGAAAUUCAGUUCUGGAGUUCUGCUACUUCUUUCUUGCCUUAAACUGUCAUUUCACAGUGGUCUCUUUGUUUGUGUUGGGCAGUAGGAGGACCUACAAU